UCAUGUGAGCAGCUGAGCGGAAGUUCAGACUGAGGAUGGCGGCUGGAAAUGAACUGAGUCAAGACUGAGUCUGUCACUGAAAACCAGAAGCAGGGUCCGAACUGACACCGAGGGACGACGCCGAUAAUGUCCGGUGCACGCCGGUAUUAACUUACAGAGCGGAUACAGCGAGUGUGGACUGACACAAGCCGGGAGUCCUGACUCAUCCCUACAGAGGAGGCGACCAUGUCUCUGCACGAAACUGUGUCAGACACGGCGCCUUUCUUCUCUGAGGACAGCGAGGGUCCGGAGGAGCAGGACGCCACCGAUGAAAGUCCUCAAGAUGAAGCGAUGGCGGGCGGCGGCGUGACAGCAGCGCGAGGCUUCCUGACAGUCCUCAUCCUGUGUUACAUCAACCUGCUCAACUACAUGGACCGCUUCACUGUGGCAGGGGUCCUUCCUGACAUCGAGCAGUACUUCGGUAUCGACGACGGAAAGUCUGGUCUGCUCCAGACAGUCUUCAUCUGCAGCUACAUGUUUCUGGCACCGGUCUUCGGUUACCUAGGCGACCGCUACAACAGGAAGUACAUCAUGAGUCUGGGAAUCUCCUUCUGGUCCCUGGUCACGCUCGCCAGCUCCUUCACCCCGAGAAAGCAUUUCUGGGCCCUGCUGCUGACCCGAGGUCUGGUGGGAGUUGGUGAGGCCAGCUACUCCACCAUCGCCCCCACCGUCAUCGCCGACCUCUACGUGAAGGAGAAGAGGACCAACAUGCUCUCCAUCUUCUACUUUGCCAUCCCCGUCGGCAGUGGUCUCGGCUACAUCGUGGGCUCGCAGGUGGGGAACCUGACAGGGAACUGGCACUGGGCUCUGCGGGUGACUCCAGCGCUCGGACUCAUCGCCGUGCUCCUGCUGCUCUUCGUAGUCCAGGAGCCCAAGCGUGGCGCUGUAGAGGCCCGACCCGAGCACCAGCUGCACCACACCAGCUGGGUGACGGACCUGAAGGCCCUGACCCAGAAUCGCAGCUUCAUGCUGUCGACCUUCGGCUUUACGGCGGUGGCCUUUGUCACAGGGUCCCUCGCUCUGUGGGCCCCAACGUUCCUGUUCAGAGCGGCUGUGUUCACCGGAGUGAGAGCGCCGUGUAGAGAGAGCCACUGCGACUCCCCGGACAGUCUGAUAUUUGGCAUCAUCACCUGUGUGACCGGCGUUCUGGGCGUGGCCACCGGCGUCCAGGUGAGCCGGCGUCUGAGGACAAAGACGCCACAGGCCGAUCCUCUGGUGUGCGCCGCCGGCCUGCUUCUGUCUGCUCCGUUCCUGUACCUGGCCAUCGUGUUUGCAGAGUCCAGCACGGUUGCCACCUACGUGUUUAUCUUCCUCGGUGAAACCUUCCUCUCCAUGAACUGGGCCAUCGUUGCCGACAUUCUCUUGUACGUGGUGGUUCCCACCCGCCGCUCCACUGCCGAGGCACUUCAGAUCGUCGUCUCCCACCUUUUAGGUGACGCAGGAAGUCCGUACCUGAUCGGCGUGGUGUCGGACUCCCUGCGGCAGCAGGACUCGUUCCUGUGGCAGUACCGCUCCCUGCAGCAUGCUCUGCUGCUCUGUUCCUUCGUGGCCGUGGUGGGCGGAGCCUUCUUCCUGGCCACCGCCCUCUUCAUCGAGGCCGACCGUCAGAGAGCAGAGAACCGGGCCCCCGCAGACGAGCCCAUUGUGGUCCCAAAGAGCGGCCGGUCCACUCGAGUCGCCGUCUCAAGCGUUCUGAUCUGACGCUGACUGAGUCCAGACCUGCCGCCAUCUGGAUUAACAGUUGACUCUGUGGCGCCACUCUGAGGACAGAUUUUAUAAACUGGAACUGAUUCUUUUUUUUGUUUUUAACCUUUGGCGUCACGUCUGCCCCCUUGUGGAGAGGAGCAACCUUGACUAUCCUGACUUGUGGGAGAGAAAUUAUUUUUUAAAAUGACUUGUAAUGUCUUUUUACUGGAGUGGACAAAAUAAACGUUUCUAAUAGAGCAAGGCUCAUUUGGAGGAGAGGCCUGGCUUUCAUUGUGUCUGCGAGCAUGACAACACGACACUGAGGGCGGAGUCAUCCCCUUGAAUCUGAGGUUCUCCCGCUGUAAUAC